AUGGCUUUGCUUUCAUGGAUUGUAUUUAUGAAUGCAGUUUUACUUGUGAGAGCUGAGCCUCUUGACACUGAAGGAUUGUUUGCUGAGGAAUGGAGGCUGUGGAAAGGAGAGCAUAAAAUCACUUACCAAAGCAGCGAGGAAGAGGGAAAGAGAUACUUAAUAUGGCAAGACAAUAUGAAGUAUAUUAAUGAGCACAAUGCUAAGAACCUGAGUUUUACAUUAAGAAUGAAUCAAUUUGGAGAUUUAACUUCUGAGGAAUAUUCAAGUAUUUAUACUUGCCAUAUUGUAAGCAAUGAGAAUUCUGAUGAGGUAAUUGGGCAGAAGUAUAACCCUCCCAGAGAUGCAGAGUUACCAUAUUCUAUUGACUGGAGGAAGAAAAAUGUCGUCACUUACGUCAAGAGCCAAGGUGAAUAUAGGUGUCAUUCUUGCUAUGCGUUUUCUACUGUCGGUUCAAUUGAGAGCCAUCAUGCCAUUAGCACUGGCUCUAGGGUUAGACUGAGUGAACAAAAUGUCAUUGACUGCUCAACUGGCUAUGGGAAUGCUGGCUGUAAUGGAGGCAACUACAGGAACACUUUCAAAUACAUUCUAGAAAACGGCGGAGGCAUCGAUACACAAAAUUAUUACCCAUACAAGGCAAUGGAUAAGACUUGUCGCUACAACUCUGCUAAAAUUGGUGCGACAAUAUCAGGUGUGUAUUACAUACAGUCGAAAUCGGAGAGUGAUCUGAAAAGUGCAGUGGGUCUGGUGGGGCCUGUCAUUGUCUCCAUUGAUCAUAGACACAAAUCCUUCCAGGCAGGAAACAUUGAAUCAUCUUACUCUUAU